AUGGAGUGGUCAAAGAAUCAGUACAACAAGCAGUACGAGAACUGGAUGCCCUGGGUCGAGGACAACGUUCUCUACUAUUUCACCAAGGACAACAAGGCCUCAUACGCUACCAAGGGUGAGCUCGUCCUGUCAUACCAACUCAGCAAGACCAAGGUUACUGGCAACGAACAAGUCGACAACCUUCAAGAUGGUGUGAACAACCUCGCUGCCGGACAGAUCGGCCAGGGUGGUCUUCUACAGCCAGUCGGUGACCACGUCUCCAAGGAGGGCAUCAACCGCACCGAGAGAGGCGGCAAGGACGACAGCGGCAGCUACGCCGGUGCCAUGGGCUCCAGUGCUCAAUCUGGCGCCAGCAAGGUCAGCGAGGGCGCAAAGGGUGCGGGCAGCUACGUUGGAAGCUUCUUCGGCGGCAAAAAUGAGAAGAAGUGA